CGGCGUUGCCCCACGGCGUGUUUGUACCACCCACCCAUCCACCCACCUCUCAUCUCUCAUCUCCGCAAAAGCCUCCAUCAGUCUCUCCACUGCUGCACGGCGUUUCUCUCUCUCUCUCAUCAUCAUCCUCUUCUUCCUCUCCCCUCCUCCUUCUCCUCCUCCUGCUGCCUUCUCGCUCUUCUCAAACCCACACCCACCCACCCCACCCCACGCUUUGCUCCACACGUCUCGAAAUCAAAUAGAAUUGUAGCCAAGCCGGGCGUUGUGGUUGUUUGGUUUAUUAUUUAGUUGGUAGUGGGUGGGUGGGUGUUCGUGUUCGUCGCUCACAAGUCGGGCCCGUUGCAAGUCACCGGCCCUGUCGACCUUCUCCUGCACCCGACGCGCAACCCUCCCCGCCGUAGUCGGGUUUGCCGAUCGCGAGCGCCGGCCGGGCCGUCGCGAUGGACACCGACUCGCAGACGAUGGCGCUCGCCUACUUCCUGAGCUUCAUGGUCUUCUCGGCCGUCUCCAUCUCGCUCGUGUCGGCCUUCUCCAUGCGCCAGAAGCCCUACGUCGGGCUGACUCGCCGGCACAGCCCGUCCCUGACGGAGCUCAAGGCCGGCGUCGGCGCCGGCGGCGGCGGCGUCGGCGGCAGCGGCAAGCAGCGCCGACGGAAGGAGCGUCGGCGCAACAAGCGUGCCGAGAAGCGCAACGGGGGCCGCCCGGUUGGCGAGGGCCGCCGCAGCGGGAGCCCCACGGCCAGCGAGGCCUCCGACUCGUCGCCGUCGUCUUCGUCGUCGUCGUCCGCCGGCGACCUGGAGGACGCGGUCGCCUUCUUGGGCUCGCGCACCGCCAACGUCAUCAACCCCGCGCCGAUCAACGCCGUCGCCGUGCCGCAGCCCGGCGGCCGCGCGGCGGCCAAACGGCAGCGGGCCGCCAACAGCAGUGCCAACGGCACGGCGGCGCCAGCGGUCGCGCAGGGCAAGAAGAAGAAACCGAACCACGGCGGGAAGAACAAGCGCGGCGAUUCCAACGCGUCGCCUGAUUUGCCUGCGCUGGCGGCGGUUGGCGGCGGCGGCGACGGCGGCGGUGGCACUCGUUUUGCCGGGGAGCUGCCAGAUUCCGGCAGAGCCAGCGCCGGUUCCUCGGUGCAGGCUGGGAAGUCCCCCGAUUCCACCAAGGCGGCGGCGGCGGCAAAGGAAGCGGUGGGCACCGGCGCUUCGGCCAAGAAGGCUGCGGCCACGGCCAGGGUGACGGCUACCAAUGGAGCAACAACUCCCGUCGCUCAAGCGCCAGCGGCAAAGCCGUCGGCAACCGGCAAGGCUUCGGCGAACCACGAGAUGGCGAAAGCGGUUCCCAAAGCCAAGGGUCCGGCUGCUAAAGAUGUUUCCUCCUCCAUUACCGCCACCACCACGAAGGCCGCCACCUACGACGUCACCAAAGCGCCGGCUGUGAGCGCCGCCCCGGCGCCGGCCAAGGUCCCGGUUCCGGUUUCUGCGGAGAAGGCGAACGGAGAGGGACGAGCGUCUGCAGAGUUAGGCGACGCCACCGUGGGGCCUCAGAGUGGCUCGCCGCUUAACAAGCGCGGCAGGAAGCAGCUGCAGCGGCAGCGGCAGCAGGAGCAGCAGCAGCAGCAGUUGCAGGAAGCAUUGAUCGCGCCGCAACUGGCGCAGGAAGCGAUGGCGACGUUCUCUACCUCGUCGUCGUCGUCGUCGUCCUCCUCGUCGAAGCAGCUUCCCUCGAGCUCCUCUUCCUCGUCGUCCCCCGUGCCAUCGUCCAAAUCGUCAUCCAAGUCUCACUCUCCGCAGCGAGAGGUCGUCACCGCCGUGACCGCUGCCGCUGCUCCGCCUGCGAUGCCGUUGGCAGCGCCGGCCGACGGAGUGGCCGGGAAGGGCGCGUCCCGACCGCCGCUGCAGGAGGAGGAGCCCGUGGCCCCAGCAAAUGAGGAUGAGGAGGUGGAGGAGGAGGCCUCGGGCCUGCCGGGCGACAAUGCCGGGCUCGGCAAGAGGAGCAGGAGGAGGAGGAAGGGAAAGGGGAGGCAGGAUGUCGGCAGCGAUGGGAUUGUCGCUGACGAAGAGAACACGGAUGUGUGCAAGAGCCUCUUCUCGGCUAUCAAGAGCGCAGUGGCGCUGCCCGACGAGGAGACGGGCAACCUCGUGGGCAUCCUCAUGCACUUCAUCAGAGCGGGCAUCAGCCAGGACACCUUGCUGGAGGCCGACCAAGGCAUGGGUCUGAAAGCGAAGAUGCGCGAGAAUGAGAAUCUACUCGUGGCUGAGAGGGAAGCGACGGGCGAGGCAAACAAGAAAAUCCAGCUGCUGUGCCAGGCACUGGCCGGCGAGCGGGCACGGGCCUCGGCGUGCGAGCAGGAGCUGGUGGCGCUGCGCUCGCGCCUGCAGGCCUCCAGCCAGGAGCACGCCGCCGAGGGCCAGCAGCUCGCCGUGAAGUUCCAGCAGGUUAGCGAGGAGCACGGCCGCGCACAGGAGGAGCUGACCAAGCUGCGGCAGGAGGUCGGCAUCCUUCGCGAGGCCCUCAACGGCGUCACCGCCCAGAAUGACGCCAAGCAAGCAGCGGAGAUGGCUCGACUUCACAAGGAGUGCCGGCGGUUCAUGACGGAGAUGUCGGAGAAGAACUCCAAAAUGAUGGCCCUGGAGGCUGAGAAUGAGUCGCUGCGUGGCUCUCUGUCCGGACUCGAGCAGAUGCAGGGCCGCCACAAGGAGGUGGAGUCGGCCCUGCAGAGGCAGCUGACUGAGGCGACCGAGGAGCUGCGGGCCAACAAGUCGCACAGCGGGAGCAUCAUGGUCGCAUGGGAGCAGACCGGCUCAGAGCUGCACUCCACCAAGCAGCGCUGCCUCGACCUGCAGUCGGAGCUGAAGUCGGUGAUGUCCCAGCUCGCUGGCCGCACGACCGAGUCCGAGUCUCUGGUUGCGCAACUCGGGGACAGCCACUCGCUCCUCGAUCAGUCCAACGUCCGCCUCGUGGCCAUGGACGAGGCCUACAAGAGCCAGCUGGCGGAGGUGCAGGCGGUGUGCGAGGGCGAGCGCGGGCGCGCGGGGGAGCUGGAGCGCGAGCGCGGGGAGCUGCGCUCGGCGCUGAGCCAGGCCGAGAUGCAGAAGGCGCUGUGGCAGAUGCGGCUCUCCGAGAUGGAGGCGGCCUCCGCGGUGCCGUCACACAACUCGGACGCCAUCGUGGAGGAGCUGUGUUUGGAGCGAGACAGCCUCAAGGCCGACCUGGCCGAUCUGCGGACUCACAACUCGAUGCUGGAGAACAAAAUCUCCGAGAUGGAGUGCCUGAAGGCGGAGAUUGGCAUCAUGGGUCAGCGCACCCAGCUGCUGGACGACAUGACCUCUGAACUCGAGAGCCUCAAGAGCGAGGUGGCCGACAUCCGUCGCGAGAAGGAGGCGCUGGAGGCGCAGGCCUCGCGCGUCAGCUCGCUCAAGUCGGAGCUGUCUCAGACCCGCUCGCUCGUGGAGGCGGCCGAGUCGCGACUGCGCGACUUCUCGUCCCUGGGCCUGGCCCCCGAUGCUCUCCGAGCGCAGCGCGACGAGCUGCUGGCGGAGCGCGAGCGCUCGCGCCGCCUGCAGCGCGACGCGGCGGCCGCGGCGGAGGAGGCCCAGCGGUGGAACGCUCGGGCGGGCGAGGCCGAGCGGCGCCAGCGGCGGCUGGAGGAGGAGGCGGCGGCGGCCGCGGAGGAGCGAGAGCGGCAGGCGGCGAUCUCCGCCGAGGAGCUCCGGGCGGAGUUGGGAGCGGCGGGGGGUCGCGUGCGGGAGCUGGAGGCGCAGCUGCAGGCGGCCACCGUCGAGGCCGACGGGCUCAAGACGGCCGCGGCGCUGCGAGGCGAGCUGCAAGGCCAAGUCGGAGGCCUGCAGGAUGCCCUGAGUGAGGCCUGCCAGCAGAACGUCGUGCUGAGCGAGAAGAUCCGUCUCCUGGAAGAGGCGGAGAAGGUCAAGAGGAGCGACGCCGCGCAGGCUGCCGUGCGCGAGAAGGAGGCGAUGCGGGCGGAGUUUGAGACGCAGCUGGCCCGGCUUGAGGAGCGCGUGGCGGCGGCGAAACAGGGAGAUGGGGCGCAUGAAGAGAUCGGCAAGCAGCAGAAAUUGCUGGAGGAGCGCCAGGCCCUGCAGGAGCAGACGGCCGCGCUGCAGAGCGACCUGGAUAAGCAGCGGCAGAAAAACGACACACUCCGCCAGAGGAACUGGAUGGCAGUCGAAGCGUUGUCCACAACGGAAAAAUUUUAUCAGGACAAAGCCGCGAAGCAGCAGCAGGACUUUGCAGCACAGCUGCAGGCGGUGCAGGGAGACCUCCAGGACCUGGCCCGGAGGCUCCUCCCAAGUGGCAGCGUCGUGCCAGGCGCGAGCCACAGAGAGAUCCUGGAGCUGGUGGAGAGGAGGUGGAGCGACCUUGGGUCUCGGCACAGCUGCAACUCCGACGAGCUGCAGAGCCUCAACUCCAGGCUGCGGGAGUUGGAGGAGUCGCACAGCUCAGCGCAGCUCGAGUGCGACAGAUACAAGACCGUCUUGGCCGACACGGAGGGGAUCCUCUGGAGGCUGCAGAACAGCGUGGAGGCGGAGGAGAAGCGAUGGAGAGAGCGCCUCUGCGAGGCACAGAGGGAGGUUCACACGCUGCAGGAAGAGCGUUUGGAAGUGCAGGGCAGUAUGGAAGCCUUGCAGAAAGAGAAAAGCAACCUUGCCGCACAGCUGAUCGAAGAGCGAGCCCUGAGGGCUCUGUCAAACACAGUGGAGAGAGUCAAGGCCAUCAGGGCAGGCAGCAGCUCUGAUGACAUCAGCCAGGACAGCGACUACCCCUCCAAGAACGAGGUUGAUCCGAUGUGAGACCAGAAACUGCGACAACGGGCCUCUACCAAAAUGAAACUCCGUUUGCAAGCCUUUUUGAAUCUUGAGUUGCUAACAUUCGGGGCAAUAGUUUAUCUUAGCUACGGUAAUUUACGACCACCGUUCCCCCAGCAGUCUCCCUCCAUCUAAAUACCACACAUUUAGCCUCUACGCGUCGCACUCGCCAGAGACGAUCGUCGAAAUGAAAGCCCUUGCACCACAGUGGGUCACGGAGACUGAAAAUUGAGAAUUCCUGGUCUAUUCUAACAAGGUUCAUAAUAUAGUGGAACCAAUAAUCUGUGACCAACCCUCUCUUGUCGGCCUACGCAAGCGUUCUUAAAUAAAUUAAUCAAUAUCUGCUGUUAUUGGCGGUGGGGAGGGAGGGGGGAAAGCAAUUGCCCCACAUAACCAUGAUUUGGAGAAGAAAAAAAAUUACUCAAGAUGUAAAAUAUCCCAGCACUGGCAUCUGGGAGCCCUCAAACUCCCUUUCCCACUGGCACAUUCGAGCAGCGGCAGUACGGGGGGCCCCUCAUGGCACAGGUGGCUUUCUACCGUUUUCCAAGUGCCGAGCCGGAAUGAAACCGUGAUGCGUUGGGGUCACAGGACAUCUAUCUGCAUAUAUCUCUGGGCCAAGCAGAGCGACGGGCGGUUGCUGGGUUAAUUUGUUCGUCGCGAUUGUCCAGCCGUUCAUGUUUUGUCGUGAGAAAAUCAACCUGGUGCCGACUGGAGCCCACACCAGGGCCGGCUUGGCAUAGCCCCGGCGCGGCUCGGUUGCGCGUGUGGAUAAAAAAGAGAGCUUGAGAGUAAAUUUUUUGGUUUGAAAUUCACAAUUGGUGGCCUGAAAACGAUUCAGGAUUUUCUCCUUAAGAACGCAGUCAUGAACAUGGGAUUCUCUACCCCAAGACGCGCUGCCGAGCUACUCGUUUGUAUCCAGUGCAACCUCCGCUCAGAGCCAUUGUAUGUGUCGUGCUAUGUAGGAAUGGAAAGAUUGAUUCCUCAAUUAAGCUUGCAAAUACAUGCCUUUAAUCGCGUGUGUACGUUAUCGAUUAUUUAAAUCCGUGUUUGUUGCGUGUGAUGGGUUCAUGUCGCUCCCUGCAGCCACUAGAGUGCACUACCAUUAGGGGGUUGAUUUUAUUAAAUUUAAUUGCAGCCCCAUGACUCAUGACAAUUCGUUGAAUGCAAGGUGUGGAUUUGUUCUAACGGUAUAACGAGAGGUGGGUUUUGUACAAGACAGCACUGUGGUCGUGUAGGGUGUAAUCCGGUAGAGCCGUAAGUAAAACAAAAACGGUUUAAAAAAAAUGCAAUAUGACCCAUGAAGCUUACAAAGCAGCAACGGUGUGACCCCCAUAGGAGGGUCUCCAUUGAGCGGCUGGGCAACAUUCUGACUCUGUCCCAAUGCACGGCACCGGAACCCAAAGCGACUGUAACAGACGAGCCAACGCGUAGACCGUACGAUGUGAAGCACGCACGAUCCAAACGUGGGCGUGGAGCAUUUGGACGAUGUACUAGGGCGGGAACGUCUGUUUAAUAUAUUAAAAGAUUGAAAGAGUGCACAUUGAA